AUGGAAAACCUGUUUCCAUGCGAAGUACGUGUCCAGAGGUUCACUAACGUCAGACACCGGCGGACGCACAUAGGAGGGAAACAGUACAUGUGUGACAUUUGCAACAAGAAGUUCAUUAACAGCAGCCAACUAACAGUACACCGUCGAACGCACAUGGGUGAUAAAUGGUACACGUGUGAUGUUUGCGAUAAGAAGUUCAGUACCAGAGGCAACCUGACGGUACACAGGCGGAUACACACGGGAGAGAAACCGUACCCGUGUGACGAUUGCGACAAGAAGUUCAAUACCAGGGGUAACCUGAUGGUACACCGACGGACACACACGGGAGAGAAACCUUACCCGUGUGACGAUUGCGACAAAUCGUUCAAUCAAAGCGGCCACCUGACGGUACACCGGCGGACGGACACAGGAGAGAAACCGUACCCGUGCGAGACUUGCAAUAGGAGGUUUACUAACAGCCAACAAUUAACGGUACACCGGUUGACGCAUGUGGGUCGAAUCUCAUAG